GCGUCACAGUGUCCGUCACGUGUUGAAACCAGAACACAACAUUAAAUAGCACAUGGAUAAAAUGUGACCAAAAAUGGUUUCACGUAUCAGUCUUAAGAGGCUGCUGCUUGCUUUUGCGCUAUAUAAUUGGCGGCUUGUGUCGAGAUGGUGGUAAAACACAUCAUGCAAUUCUUAAAGACUCCAAAGAUCGCACAUAGGUCCUGUGUCGUAUGUCGUAUAACAGUAAUAAGUUAUACGACACUUGUGGCAAGGUAACGAGCAAUAGGGAUGCGCGUUUGGAAUCGGGAUCUCUUCUCGCGAGAUUUGGAGACGCGCGAAUGCCACGUCUCGGCGAGCAGCUAGCAUAGCCAUAGCUAGGAACCGAACCUCCGAGGUGACGCUGCGUCCAUUUUUUUUUCCGACGCGGAAAAGACAAACAAACUCUCAGGCAACCCGUGGAACAUUGGCGCCCUCCGGUAAACACAAUGGGCCACUUACAUCCGCUGGCGGUGACGCUGGCCACAUCUGCUCUCGUGCUGUUGUUUGCCUCGCAUCUGAGCGACGCUCACGACCACUCGCAUGACCACCACCAUGGGCACAGCCACGGUCACCACAGUCACUCGCACGGCCCGGAGGCCAAGAUGUUCCACGGCGCCAGCAAGUGGAGCGCCGAGGCCAACCUGCCGCCAGAGGAGGAGGAAGUGGGGGAAGGCCACAGGCACGACGAGCAUUGGCACGGUCACGACGAUGACCGCGGACAUGAGCACGUGCAAAACGAUGACCACGGUAAUGAAAAUGACCAAGUGCAAAACGAUAACGACCGGUAUACGGAUGACUUGCAAAACGAUGACCACGUGCGAAACACCGAUCAGGGUCACGCCGAUGACCUCGAGUAUGUCAGUGACCCCGAGCGGGUUGACGAGCGGAGUCGCCACGAUAACCGUGGCCGUACCGAUGACCACGCCCACACGGAUGACCAACAGCAGGUUGAUGAGCACGGUCACGCCCAUGACGACGACGAGCGUGCACACGACCACGCGCACGCCGAUGCCGGCGGGCACGACCACGGUCGGUCACACGGCCACGACGACGGCGACCACGCGGCCGAAGUGGUGAAGCUGGAUGGGCUGGAACUGUGGAUGCAGGCCAUCGGCGCCACGCUGCUCAUCAGCGCCGCGCCGUUCCUCAUCCUCUUCCUCAUCCCGGUUCAGUCCAACAGCGGCCAGCACCAGAGCUUGCUCAAGGUGCUGCUGAGCUUUGCGUCGGGAGGCCUGCUGGGCGACGCCUUCCUUCACCUCAUACCGCACGCUCUGGAGCCGCACUCUCACCACGGCGACAGCACGCACGCCGCCGAGGAGUCGCACGGCCAUUCGCACGGCGCCGGCCACGAUCACAUGUCAGUGGGCCUGUGGGUGCUGGGGGGCAUCGUCGCCUUUUUGAUUGUGGAGAAGUUUGUGCGCUUUCUGAAGGGAGGCCACUCCCAUGGGCACUCGCACACUGUUGUCAAGGAGAAGGACAGCAAUGGUGAAGACAAGAAGGCACCCAAAAAGAAGAAGGCGGAGAAGAGUGCUGACAUCAAGGUGUCUGGCUACCUGAACUUGGCGGCCGACUUCACUCACAACUUCACGGACGGCCUGGCCAUCGGCGCAUCUUUCCUGGUGGGCCCGGCGGUGGGCGCCAUCACCACCGUGACCAUCCUGCUGCACGAGGUGCCGCACGAGAUCGGAGACUUUGCCAUCCUGGUCCAAUCCGGCUGCACCAAGAGGAAGGCCAUGUCUCUGCAACUGGUCACCGCCGCGGGAGCGCUGGCCGGCACCGCCUGCUCGCUGCUGGCCGAAGGCGCCGGCGCGGCAGCCACCGUGUGGAUCCUGCCCUUCACGGCGGGCGGCUUCAUUUACAUCGCCACGGUGACGGUCCUCCCGGAGCUUCUGGCCGGCCGCUCCUCUUUCGGCCAGUCGCUGAUGGAGAUUCUGGCCCUGCUAUUUGGCGUCGGCAUGAUGGUUCUGAUCGCAGAGUACGAGUGAAAAAAAAAAAAAAGAGCGCUUGAAAUGACAUUGUUGAUGUUUGUUUUUUUUGGUGGGGGGCUUUUUUUUUCCACCCUCAAGAUGGCAACGUAUAGGAAAUGAAAUCUGGAGAGGACUUCCGCUUUCUCACACACGCACACAUUGUUUUUGUUCAAAGUAGCUGCUUGGUUUAAAGCACAUGUGCACAAAAGGUUCGCAUACCUGAAGAGGUCGAACCUCACACAUGACAUUGGAUUUUUCUUUUUUUAAGUUGUGGCCACAGUAUGGAUAUAACAUGCACGAAAUGUUAAUUCCAGGCCACAAAAUACUAAAUUGUGGCCCAGAGCGAGGUGCACACAAAGUACCGAUUUGUGGCUAAGGGUCAUGUACACUCAUUUGUGGCCAUGAACUCGAGGCAAAAUGCGUCCCAAAUACUUUGAAGCGCAUGUGGACAUGAGAGGCAUGCAAGAAGUCAGAAGUACACAGCACCGGGUAUGACAUGGAACAAUUAUUUGAAAAUUGUGGUCACAGAGUUCGGUGCCACUCUAACAUGCUCACGAAAUACCAAAUUGUGGCCCUCAAAUAGGUCCGAGUACAAAAUACAAGAUGUCGCCAACAAAUUAGAUCAAAUCUGCACACACAAAAUAAGGCGUUUGUGGCUUGACAAAUAUUCCACUGAACACCUUGUGGACUUUUAGAGAGCAUCGAGGACCGUUUGCUUAUUUGUCCACAAAUUAUGUUGGCAUUUUGAAUACGCACUCCACCUGAUUGGUGACCACAAAUGAGCAUUUUUGUGCAAUUAUUUUUGUUUUUAACCUCUUGUGUCAUGGUUCAGGGCUCCAUACAUAACUGAUCAAGUGCGAGUGAGCGCAGAGGACCGGGCUGUUUGUGAGCGACUGUGAAAUCAGCACCCCCCCCCCCCCCCCCCCCCCCCGUUGUAUGUAACGGUGACCAACAAUAAAGGCUAAUGGCGUUCCUGA